AGUGAACGAAUAGCGUGCAAUGCUAAAGAGAAUUUCGUUUCUAAGAAACUCUGUAUAUUGUAACAGAGUCUUAGAAACAUGGCAUGGUAUGCAUUGUUAUGGUUUAAUCUACAAGAGAUGUCAUUCUGUCACACGAAAUCCGUCAAGUGCUAUAUGGCUGCAGGUUCUUCUGUCUGGUCAAAGAGAUACAUCUCCUGGUCUAUAUUUAUUCACCGACUCUGACAGGUACAGUAAAUAUAAGGCAACAAAAGUAAUAAUUCGUGAACGACCAAUAUAGAAUGUAAAAACGCAAAAAAACCCCGCAGCGUCUAUAAACACGGACAUAGCUAGGUUUGUCAUUCGCAGGAGCAAAACAACGACGCAUCAACGCUCGUUUCUAAUUCGAACAACCAGGGUGUGGAACAGCCUGGCUGACGAACUGAAACUUAACAUUAUAAAUUUGAACUUUAAAUCUACCAUUCUAAGUUUACUUAUUACUUCCGUGCUUUGGAAAUUUCCUACAAUCCUGAAAAUCCAAGAACGUUCAAAACUAUAUGCAUCAAGUGUAAUACAACAACCUCUGUCGCAGGGUCGGCAGGGACUUUCCAAUACCCUGGGUACGAGGAUGAGUGUAAUACCGCUCGAACUCUGGUUCGGCCUCUUAAAGGGGCCCUACAGUCAUUUUUUAGUUGAAAAGCCACCUUAAGUAUUGUUUACAUUUUUUGUUAUUGUCGCUACUUGACAUGCGCACCACGGCAUGCACGUCAGUUCCGGUGUGCGGAAUUACUCAUACUCAUGGAUACUGCAUGUAAGAUACAGCCAAACGAAUCUCCGUGGAGUCCCCUACUUAAGGUAGCUUUUCGACUAAAAAAUGACUGUAGGACCCCUUUAAGUGCUGCUAUUUGUUAUAGUUUUACUUAGAUAGUAGUUUUUAUGUUUGUAUGUCCUAAUUCGGCCCCGCAGUAAUUGGCCCACGCAGUUGCGGUCACCCUGCCAAUAGUCAUGUGUAUUUUUUUUUGUUAUAGUAUUAUGUAUUGUAGUAUGGCGAAAGUAAUAAAUAAAUAAAUAAAUAAAUACGAUUUACUGUACAGCAGAUUUUUAAGACUGAAGAUUAAGGUUUCUAUAGCACAAAUUUGCAUGUGGUUAAGAGCAAAUGCGCUUCUUUGAGAGAGAUACAAGUACAACUACCUGCAAAAUAGAAGCAGAACUUCGAAGGCUCUUCACCAGGUGCGAAACUAUCCCCUUUUAAUUCGGGGAGAUACUCCCAUCUGCCAGAAUUGCCCUGCAAAUGCCCUUUAGCAAUUUUUUAUUUUUGGCCAAUAUUUUUCCCAAAAAUGUUGGGUGGGGAGGGGGGCUGUUUGAAAAAAAUUUUCCGGACAUUCAAAAAAAGGAUCGAAAAAAUUUUUCCGAACAUAUUAAGGGUCAAAAAAAUUUUCCGUACAAAUUCCUGUUAGCACACAUGGGUGAAACCCUUAUUUUUGGACCAAUAUCUGUAAAUUCUGGUUUAUAAAUUCUGUUCGAUUUCCUCUGGAAGCCCUGCAACUUACUUAAUAACUCUGCAUUCUUUCAUUUAAAAUCUUUGAUGAUUCGCCCUGCCAAUCCAGAUGAUUCGUACUUUGGGGGGGGGGGGGUUCACACACCCAUACCCCCCUCACGUUUCGCCCCUGCUCUUCACUAAGUCAUAGAGACUAAGUUCCCGACGAGUGACAUCACCGGAAAAUUGGUAUAACUCAUUUUGGCGGCAUUUUGCAUCAUGGCGCAUUACCACAAAGUGACAGUAGUUUUUAUUAUGACAAGACUCAAAAGCUGUAGUUUUCUAGCUUGUGAACAAAUGCACUUGUCAUACUGUAGAACAAUUGGACAAAGUACAAAUUUUUGUUCGUCUGUAUGGUUCAACAAAGACAAUUUGGCAAAGCAGUUUGGGCAUUUGCAUGCGGUUGGUCAGCGAUGUAUUGUUGCAUUCAGCUAAUAGGGAGCUUAAUUUAAGCAUGUAGGACGGCAACACAACGACGACGGCAACCAAUACAACGAGUCAAAGAAAAGAAAUAAAGUCCCAGGGGAGUUUCAGACAUGGUCGUCGUUCUGUUUACAACGGCAAAUCACAGGUUUUCACGUCUUUAAAACAACGCCUGCAUUUCAAGCCGUAACAAGUGCAACUUAAAAUUCGGUUAGUAGAACUCUUCCCAAAUAUAAAGCCAAUGUUUUCAGCUUCUUAUACUGUAUUAAAUUCAUACGAAUUAUAAUAUACGACAAGUUUUCUUUACUAUCAUUUAAUUGAAGGAAUUUAUUUUGGCCGUCGUCGUGUUGCCGUCCUACAUGCUUAAGCUCGCUAUUGUUUGCUAUCGUGGUGGUCAGGAAACCAAAAGCUUGUGUAAGGUACAUACAUGUACGUGCAAUAGACCUUAUACAUAAUGACGUCACAAGGUUUGAUGCCCGCGAGGAAUACUGGUCUUAGUAGUCAUCGCCCGGGAAAAUUGAACAAUUUAAAAUGGGCACUAUCGAAAUUUUCCCGGCAUUCCUCGCGGGCAUCAAGCCCUGUGACGUCAUUAUGCAUAAGGUUUAUUGCCAUACGGUAUGUAACCGCCAUAACGUUUCCACAGUAUUCUCCUUAAAUUUGUCUAUUACCUUUUGUAUUCUACUGUCUGUAGAUACCUCAUCAAUACCGGUGAAAACACGUUAAGGCAUUUGCAAGCCACUGGACUGCCUACAAAAGGUCUGGAUAAAAUUUUGCUAACUGGUUCAUCAAUCAAUCACAUUGGUGGUCUUACAAAUACGCUACUAUCGAUAUCCACCCAACGCAGACUGUCUUAUGAAUGUCCCAUCAAUGUCCACGGCCCACCAAGCUUAGAAGCAUUCUUGCAAACAAUUAGAAAAUCUUUUCAAUAUUUAUCUAAAUUUGAUUUUGUAAAGUUAAACCUCAUUGACGAAAAGACAUCGUGGCACGAAAUUUCGAAUGAUGAAAAUUUGAGAAUAUUUGGAUGUGCAAUCAAUGAUGAGCCAAGCAAAGGUGAUAAUACGAUAUAUCCUAGACUCGCUAUAUCUUAUGCCUUCAAACUGCAUGAACCAUUGCGAAGAGUUUCGUUGGAUGCCGUGCGGGAAAUUGGAGUGCCUGAUGAUAUAUUUCAAAAAGUCGUGCAGGAAUGUCAAAUGGGAAAUUCUAUUAGUCUGCCAUCUGGGAAAGUGGUGAGUUUUCAGUUAUUGUAUGCACAGUAUAUCAUUCAUUAAUUAAACAACUAGAAACAUACCAAUUGCUAUAUGUUGUCAUAUCUGUACAGUAACCUAUGGUAACUUGCCUAGAUAACUCGCUGGAAAACCCUUGGGCGGAGUGUUUUCACACAAUUUCUAGUUUUCCCAAUUUUCACGUAGAAAACAUCACGCUUCGAUAUAUGGGGUGGACCUCUGCUAUAUUAGGGGCGGUUCGGUGCGCUCAAUGUAUAACUGGAGUCAUCACGUAAAUCCAGUGAACUUAAUAUAACUGUAAAUUUUACUCUCGGCUCGCAUUUCAUGCAAAUAAAACUGAGAAAAGAUAUAGACUAAAGCAAGUGUAUCACAUAAUAUUUCAUGUUCUCAAAAAAAUUCCCUGUUUGCAUUUAAUAACGUCAUAAUAAUCUACUUAUCAUGUCUAUCACGCCAUGUACCGCAAAGCGUGAUGCAUCGUGAAGCGUUAUGUUUUGUAUUUUCAAUUUUUUUUCGAGUUUUUCCCAACUCAAACAUAAAUAUAUAAAAUGUAAAAACUUGAAUGUGUUAAAUAAAGAAGUACAGUCACUGGAUUAAUUCGCUUCAUUUCUUAUUUUUAUAGAUUAUGCCAAGCGAUAUUUUCCUGGCUCCGCAACGCAGGCAGUCCUUCGUAGUUAUCGACUGUCCGUCAAAACGCGUUUUCAGAACACUAACCCAAUUUAACCAAACUAACUUUUUCAACCAAGAUUUGAAAACUCAUAUUGAUUUAAUAAUCCACAUGACUCCAUACGAGAUUGCAACUACAUCAGAAUACAAAUCGUGGAUGAAAACAUUUAACUCUGAAACCAAGCACGUCAUAAUGAACAACAGAAUCGAGUCUAAUCCUCCCCCUACGUUUUUUACUUUUGAUAAAAUUUAUGACAAGUUAAACAAGGACCAUUCACAUGUAUUCCCAGCUUUAAAAUACUCUGUUAUGGACACAAAUGUGGUGGAUUUCUUGAAUUUUCCUGACACAGUAACAACCGCAUCGCCUUCAUUAAAGUACAUUUUUAGACCACAAAGAUUUGAAGGGUUUGAAGAAAAUCGACUGAAGUCCAAAGUGGAAAGUUUAUUGAAAACAAUACGCGAUAAAGAAAAUGCGAAAAAUUUUACCAGUUUUGAAACGAGUAAUGAUUUUGAAGUUGUUUUCCUGGGAACUGGAUCAAGAAUGUCGUCCGUCCUGCGAAAUACUAGUGGUAUUUUAUUAAACUUAAGGUGAGAGUUGAUUAUUCAUAUAGAGCACGUUAAUUUUAAAAAAUCUGAUUAUUUUGAAAUAAUGCACAGUGACUCAAAAUAUUGAAUGAAAUUACUCAUGACAAAUUUCUCGACAAGUUUCUCUCUCCGCAGAGGCUUACAUGAAGUUUCUGGUGAGGGAAAAGUGAGCACGCAAGGAGUGAUGGGAAGAGCGAAGUAAAGGAAGCCUCUGCUAGUUAAUGCAAUCAAUAUGGCGUCAUAUAUAAUCGUUUGGAAUUCGGUUCGAUAUCAACCUUCGAGGGUCAUGUUUUCCACUUUCCUUUUAGGCGUACUUGAGUCUCAAAAAUCAUUGAGAAAUUGACCAUUUGCGUAAUAGACAAAAUUUUGAUCUAAACAAGUCAAGACAAAAAUUUCAUCACAGCUUGUUUGUAAUCUAAAAUGACUGAAAAUUGCAAACUUCGCAAGGCUGAAAAAUUGCAAACUUCGCAAAUUGCAAGCUUCUGGCCCAAGCUGUCCAGCUGAGUGGAGGGAAUCCUGCUGAUUAGGGGUGCUGUGCGGGCCCAAUCAUUGCGGCGUCAUAUUUGCAUUUUGCACAAUUGCAAUCAAAAAGUACAAGUGAGACAGAAAAACAUGGAAAAAAACAUAGUUUCAGUGAUGGAAAGCGUUUUACUGAUUUUGUUUUCCUGGGAUGUUUUGUUGAUUUUCAGACCACUUUGGUUGACAGCAGAAAUUUAGUAAUUUUUUCUACGUUUUGGUAAUUUUUUGCAUGCUUAUUUAGUAAUUGCCUUGCAAAAUAUCUGGUCACACCACGGUGGUGUUUCCACAAACAAAACUAUUAUAUAUUUUAUCGCCAUGCAAACAUACAAAGAACUUAUAUACAAUGUAUAAAAAAUUAAAUAUUUGUACUCUCAAGUAUGUCGUGUAUUUUUGUAAGAGGAAAUACUGUUCUUUCUGUUUUCUUAAGAGAUGCAACAUCACUGUUAAUGGACUGCGGUGAGGGAACCUACAGACAGAUGUGCUAUCAUUAUGGAGAAGAUAUUGAUAUCAUUUUGAAGCAACUUCGUACCGUAUUUGUUUCUCACAUGCAUAUUGAUCAUCAUUUGGUAAGAAUUUGAGAGCCAUAACUUUAUCAGCUCAUGCCGAUUUAGUGCUAACCGUCAUUAACAUAGUUGCCAACCCUACCGCAUCCUGCGGGAGGCUCCCGCAUUUGAUCACUUUCCCCGCAAAUUUCCCGCAUUGACUUUUCCUCCCGCAUUUUGAAAAAUCCUCCCGUUUUUUCCCGCAAACAUAAAAAAUUGUAAAAUGUAUCCAAAUCCAAAAAUAAUUUUUCCGGAAAAAAUAUUUACUGCGUUAUAAACUCUCGCAUUUUUAUUUUAAAAAGUUGGCAACUAUGCAUUAAAUGAAAUUGUUUGUUCGUCCGUGCAUUAAUAGACCUUAUGCAUAAUGACAUCACAAGGCUUGAUGCCCACGAGGAAUGCUGGUCUUGGUAGUCAUUGCCCGGGAAAAUUUCGUUAGUGGCCAUUUUCAGUCAUUUUGUAAUUCGCGCGGGAAAUUGAUACCUUUUUCAGAAAGCGGUAUCAAUUUCCCAUGCGUAAUACAAAAUGAUUGAAAAACUGCAAACUUCGCAAGGCUAUAAUAAUAAUAUCCGCAUUUUACAACAUUUCGCAAAGAAACUUCCGAAUAUUACUAAUUUUGUGAUGCUCUUUCAAGCUGUGAUAAAAUAUUUGUCUAGACUUGUCUAAAUCAAAAUUUUGUUCAUUAGGUAAUAGGUCCAUUCAGAACUUAUAACAUAUAGAUUAGAAGCGUUGUGAAGCUGAUGUUGUCUUAGCCCUAAUCGCCCCAUCCAGAUUUCCUGUCUUGUAGGUUUUUCCUAACUAAAUAAAAUCUUUCCUGACUAAAUAAAAUCUCUUACCUUAAACUAAAUCUCUUACCUUUCAUGAAUGGAAUUGAGAUUUUCACAUAUAUUCAUUGUAAAAAAAAGUAUUUUAUCUUUUUUAGGGGCUGGUAAACAUUUUACUACAACGCAAGAAGAUUAUGGUACAGUGUCAUGCAUCCAAAGUAGUCGAUUUCUUAGUCUGUCUGGGGGCACUAUAUAUAUAAUUGGUGUUUCAGUCUGAGAUUUCCCUGUCCGAAUUUUAUAUUUAUAAUAAUAUCUAAAUAAAUAAAUGUUUUGUCUGUGCAGGGAAGCUCUGAUUACGUACGAAUUAUUGGACCUGAAAGUUUGGAUUUAUAUUUGAGAUAUUUUGAAAUGUUGACUGGAGAAUCCCUGAAUUUUAGGUGAAGUUUUGUAGCUUUUAUUGUGUAAUAUUAAUAAGGAAUAAACAAUUAACAAUUAUAUGCCGAAGGCGAGGCGAUUAUCGGGUAAUUCAGUAUUUUUACACAAGUCUUUUGUGUUUUUUAAGACUGAAUUUAUUUUAAUUUCGCUCAUUUUUGUAUCAGUAACUUCCACAAAACGGCUAGCCGCCAUUUUGAAAAUUUUAGUUUUGUUAUAUUCACCUGCAUGUAUAGGUGAAUAUAACAGAUUAGUAUAAUUACAUAGGUGAUUAUUGAAAAUUCUCCACGCUGAUUGGUUGCCGUUGAGGUGAUUAUUACGCGAUAAUCACCUAAGCGAUUUUCAAAAUGGCGGCCGAAGCCGUUUUGUCAAUUGAAAGACGAAGAAAUGUGCAUUUUUAAAUUUUUUUCCAAAUAAUCACCUAUGAAAUGAUACUAAAACAAUUAUUCACCUCAGGCUCGGUGAUUAUCGGUGAAUAAAAACCUCGACUUCGUCUCGGUUUUUAUUCACCGAUAAUCACCUCGCCUUCGGCGAAUAAUUGUUAAUUAAUACGUCAAAUUUGACCAAUCAACUUGCAGUAUUUGUUAUACUCACUUGUGCAAAAAUACUAAUUUGUGGUAGUCCAUCGUAUACAUGUACUACUAAGAACGCCUCCUGGAAAACCCUGAAUGUUUAUUGUAGUAUAUUGGAAAGUCCUUGACAAGUUCUGACAUUUCAAGGCAAUCCCUGCAUAGAAAAUCCUGGAAAAUUAAACUUCUGUAUAAGAUACUUGAAGUAUUAAACGUUCUCUGUAUCUGAUUGAUGACAAAACCUUCUUGCGCACAGCAUAUCGAUCUUUUCGCGAUAGUGAUGUCAUCGACAGCGAUAUUUAUAGGGAAAAAACUUGCCGAUUUGUUGGAAAAAUUACUUUUGUGACUUUUGUCGUCCUGGAUUUUUAAAAUUAUGAAGGUGUAUACGAAGCCUGUUCCAGGAUAUAUGAUUUGAACUAGUCUGUUCGUAUUUACAGGGAAUUAAUCAACACGAAAGCUUACUUUUAUUUUAUGAUGAUUUCUCCUCGUAGUAUUUGUGGUAACAUUACUUUAAACCUUCGUUUCUUUUUGUACUAUAGAUUCACUCAGUUUUGGUGGGUGAAAAGAGGUGUUGGAAAGAAGGAGGGAAGAACAUUCAGCCGCUCACUGGGCCUUUCAGCGGUAUGUCGAGUAUUUUAGAAUCAUAUAUUAUUUAACCAAUAAUAUGAACAAGCUUUCGUUGGAUCCCUACGAACAAGCUACUGUUGCAUCCUUACUAACGAAAGCUUGCUCUUAUAUGUAACACUGCAUUUUGCAUGGGUACCGUAAAUUUCUGUUAAAUCCUAUAGCUUCUUUCUCUGACCUUUCCUCCUUUAAACGAUCUCUUAAGACACCCACAGAGAUUUACUCGUGACAACCUUUGAUGUGGACAUGAUACUGUAUGUAUUAGAGGUGUGCAUCAGAUCGGAUUGGACGUUUAUAAUCCGACAAUUGGCUAAUGUUUAAAAUCCAAUCCGAUCCGAAAUUGUCGAAUCCGAUCCGAUCCGAGUUUUGAUAAAGAAUUCCGAUCCGAAGAAUCCUUUAAUAAAAUAAAUUUCUCAUUCAAGUGGAAAUAUUUAACCAAAUAAUAAUUAUUAUAUAUAAUUAAUUCAUUUUAUUUCGAAUAUCAAAGUCCAUCCGAUCCGACUACGAAACAACUUUAUCAAUCCGAUCCAAUCCGAAAUUAAUAUUUUUGUUCCGAAAUCCGAACGAAUUGGAUUUGCACACCUCUAUAUAGUAUGUAUACAUACAUGAUCAUUAGUGCGUGCGUGGUGCGUGAUUGCCCAUGUCACAAACCGGAACUAUGUUUAGUAUCUUCAGUAUUUUCGGGGGGGGGGGGGACCUUGCAUGGGACCUCGAGUCCUGUUCGUGCUUAUCGCCUUUGAGUUUUUAAAAUUAUAUGUAUUAUUUAAAGACAAGAUAAGUAAAGUCAAUAUAUCUGUUAAUAAAGUAGAUUUUUCCCUCUCUAUUUGGAGGAAAAUAUUUACCGAGCCGCCCCCAUCAUUUACGAUCAGAAAUUGCGGCUACAAAUUGGCACCUAAGAUGACUGUCAACUCAUCUUAGUUGAGAAUGCGUAGAUUAUAAAUACUGACGUGCACUCAUUUAUAAAUCAGCCCAUUAAAAACCACUAUUUUCACCACAGAGAGAGAAUUACCCACUCUAGAACCAGGCGUCUAUUUCUGUGCUUUAUUUCAGCUUUCCGUAGUUCCUACCAAACACAGUGAUUAUUCUCAUGGCUUGGUUGUUGAACGUAAUGGUUGGAAGAUUGUUUACUCUGCAGACACGAGACCUUGUAAACAGCUUAUUGACACUGGUAAGAAGAUGCUUCGCAAAAGUAUAUAGUCGAUUAUUAUUUGAUAGUUGUUUUUGGUGCAGUUCCUAAAUGUAUAUCAACUAUUUAAUAUUAAACUCCGUAAGGCGUGACUCUAUUACUCUAUAUAAUGCCCGUAACUAGACAGAAUUGGCUGGUUAUACCCAAUCCGUAUCACGCCAUGCAUUACGGACUUUUCUAGGACUUUUCCGCGCCAAUUGAAAUUAAACAUUGAAAAAUUGGAAAGUACCCAACUAAACCUAACCAAAAUUUUGAUCUCAACAAGUCUAGACAAAAUUCCAUCGUAGCAUGAAAGAUCAUCACAAAAUUAGUAAUAUUCCAAAGUUUCGUUGCAAAAUGUUGUAAAAUGCGGAUAAUAUAGCUUUGCGAAAUUUGAAAUUUCCAGUCACUUUGUAUUACGCACAGAAGUGGGUGGUAACCAUUUCCCGUGCGGGAAACGGUUACUACUUUUCCAAAAUUUUGAUCUUAACUAGCCUAAACAAAAAUUUCAUCACAGCUUGAAAGAGCAUCACAAAAUUAGUAAUAUUCCAAAGUUUCGUUGCGUAAUGUUGUAAAAUGCGGAUAAUAUAGCCUUGUGAAGUUUGUAAUUUUCAGUCAUUUUGUAUUACGCACAGAAGUGGUAACCAUUUCCCGUUUGUAAUCUAAAAUGACUGAAAAUUGCAAAUUUCGCAAGGCUAUAUAUUAUCCGCAUUUUACAACAUUUUGCAACGAAACUUUGGAAUAUUAAUAAUUUUGUGAUGUUCUUUCAAGCUGUGAUGAAAUUUUUGUCUAGACUUGUUGAGUUCAAAAUUUUGGUUAAUUGGGGAUUGGUCCAUUAUUCUCUAUGUACUAAGCACGAUGAACUUCAGAAUUUACUUUGUAUUGACGAGAAUGCGAGAAAUAAUAAUUUUAGUACCGAGUUACGACGACUCAGCAAAUUUUUUUGAACAGUUGCUAUGAUCCUCUUCAUAUAUAUAAUGUUUAUUAAUUCCUUUCCAAACCGUUGUGAUUUUUCCUAUGUAUCAAUUUCUUUGCCAGUAAGCUUAGGUACAUGUAUAUCUCACGACCUCACAUGUAAAGACAAUUCAGUUUGUCGUAUUUCCACUUUAGGGCAAAAAGCAACCUUGCUCAUUCACGAGGCAACUUUCGAAGAUCAGCUGUUGGACAGAGCAAAAGCAACGAACCAUUGGUAAAUAGACAAUUCCCAUUAUAGGCUAAUGUUAAAACUAGGCAAGGAGAUGCAAAUAAAUCACCACAACUAGAAAGAGCAUACUAAAAUGAGCACAUUUGCAAAGUUUGGUUGCGAAAUGUUGUAAAAUGCGGAAAAUAUAGCCUUGCAAAGUUUGCAAAUUUUGUAUACUUUUGUAUUGCGUGCGGAAAUUGCUACCACUUUCGAGAAGCCCAAAUGUGGUAGGAAUGUGGUAGGAAUUUCCGCACGUAAUACAAAAGUAUACAAAAUUUGCAAACUUUCAAGGCUAUAUUUUCCUCAUUUUACAACAUUUCGCAACCAAACUUUGUAAUUUUACUAAUUUUAGUAUGCUCUUUCUAGCUGUGGUGAUCAGGUUUAGCAUCUCCUUACCUAGUUUUAAAAUUAGUCUAUAAUGGGAAUUGUCUAUUGUUUACUAAAAUAUAGAACCUUAACAGGCUUGUAACCUUAAACCUCGGUUGCUUAAACCUGUGGUUUGGGCCCUCUUAAUUAUCACAAGUAAUAACAUACAUGCAUGGAAAAUUUCUCAAUUCUGAUUGGCUAAGAGCUUAGAGCAGUGCAAUUUUUUCGAAAUACAGUGCCAAAAAAUGAAAUACAGUGCGAAUUUCAUUGACCAUGAGAUACAGCCAUUUCAAGCAGAAAAUAACACCAAAAAACCCCAAACAUUUGCAAGUGAAAGAAAUGGCUGGCGUUUUUAGUAGAUUUUCUAUUAAAAUUAUUUAUAUUAAAAUAGUGGAAAUCAGUUUGUCUGAAGUGCUAUAUAUAAAGCCAGACAGCUUGCUGCAACAAUGAAAUGUUGUUCUUGGCAAUUAUUUAGUGUAAUAUAGUUCAUUUUAUCUGAUGUAGGGUUGGAUUUUUCCCCAUUUUAAUUCGUCUUACCCUAUAUUAUUGACGGAUACAGAAUCUAUAUAUAUUCUCACAUUUAUUCAGUUUUAUAUUUUCCAUUUUGUUUUUCCAAAUUUUGAAAUUUUUAUGCUCUCUCUCUACUUCGGAUAAAAAGGACUAUACUGUAAUCCUUGUUUGAUAUUUAUAUUAUAUACAUGUAUAUUGUGAAGUUUUGUAUACAUUUGUUUUGUAACAGGUCACUAUAACGUAAUUGGCUCACGCUCUGUUAGUGUUCCUGAACCGUCUUCCUGUUUGAAUAUGUUUAUAUUUGUGUUGACGGCUGAAGUUAAUAAAUAAAAAUGAACUAUUCCGCAUGUGACCUAUAUACGCACGCAUGUGACUGCAUAAUUUUUUCAUGUAUAUUAUGCAUUAAAAAUUUACUUUAAAUUAAUAUAAAGUAUAACUUACUUUAUUAAUAUAAAGUAUAACUACCUUUUAUGUAUUCUUUAUGUAUUUAGGGGUGGUUUUAGUUUGAUAUAAUGAUAUAAAAACAUCAUGAGAGUAAUGGCAAAGCGCGAUCAUAUAAACAAUAAAACAACCCCUUAUUCAGCAAAUUGUUCAUGCUGCCUUUGAUCCCUUGGGGGCGAGGCAGCACUUUCCUUGCGAUAGUAACUUCUAGUUAAUAAGUAAUAGUAUGCAUGGUUUCUCGUGCAAUUUUGGAAAACAUACGCGAGUUUUUCAAAUUGCACUCGUUCUUCACAAUUUCGGUAAUGUCUAUUGUUUUUUCCGUAGUACUGUGUCAGAAGCCAUUAGAUGUAGUGAACUAAUGAAAGCUGAACAUACCAUCCUAACCCACUUCAGCAGCAGGCAUUUGUUUCCAUGUGAAACCGCUCGUCUUCCUGAUCGUGUGAAUUUUGCCUUUGAUCAUAUGACGGUAUGUAACAACGGCCAACUUAGACAGCCUAUCGUUUGGACUGAGUACCCAAAUGUAUAGACUGCAAGCAGUCCCUCGGGACCAAAGUACAACCCGACUGGCAGCCAAGCAAUCGGAGACAUUUUAUCCGGCUGUCAGCCGGCGUCAAACGCGUGUGGUGGUCGAAUUAUAAAUACACAGUUAUGUAAAUAUAAUAAGUUCUUUGUAUGAUUGCAUGGCGAUAAAAUAUAUAACACUUUUUGUUUGUGGAAACACCACGUAAAUUUAUUACUGCAAAGCUUUCGAUCCGUAAGCCCGGAUCUUCAUCAGUGCUAAUAAUAUGUGCAUAUUGUUAGCAUAUUAUUAGCAUAUUAUUAGCAUAUUAUUAGCAUUGAUGAAGAUCCGGGCUUACGGAUCGAAAGCUUUGCAGUAAUAAAUCUACGUGGUGUUUCCACAAACAAAAAGUGUUAUAUGUAAAUAUACUUAUUUCAACUUGAAAAUGAUACAAGAAUUAGCAUCGAAACGUCGUUCUAAAAUAAAACUCAUGUUGCUUGCAUGUGCUUCAAAACUAAUUUCAAUUAUAAAUUAUGAUUUUAAGAUCUUGCAAUCUCGGCGUCUCGUUUAGGAUUCAACAGUAUUUUUAUCCGACGCAGGGCGCGUCAUUUUGGUUAGACUGCGAGCGGUCCCUCCUUUCCACGGGUUUAGCUUCCCGGCCGUGCGAGGGGAAAGGAGGGACUGGCGACAACAUCAAGAAACGAAAUACGCCCACUUUUCGCUCUUGUCAAGUUGACUUCACCUUUGCAUAAACAUUACUUAUAUCCAAUUAAAUAUAUCCAAUAGGAACCGUUAAUGUCUUGUUUAUUUAUAAAAUCAACAUUCAGUCUGGAAAUUAUUUAUAGCAAUAAAUUAUUACGUAUCAGAUUUGAUUGACGGGCACAUCGAUUUCGACCAAUGGGAAUUUUGCGUUGUGUGGGCGUAUUUCGUUUGUUGAUGUGUUGUCGGCAGUCCCUCCUUUCUCUACUAUUGGCUCGGGAGACUGGUUCUAGAAUGUAUUUACAGCCGAGGGUAUCUACCAACAUGCAGAGCCGUAUCUAACUGUAAUUUAGUACUACAAUAAAACACUGCUGGCAGGCGAGCCUGUCUGCAGUAUACUAUAGUUAUAUAACACAAUAUGUACAGGCAAUAUACAGCACGGCAGUUACAUAACAAUUAUAGAUAACCUCAGCUGAUAGCCGUGAUCAAUUGUAGUAUACUAUAGUAUACUGCGUACAGGAUCGGCUGCCAGCCGUGUUGUAUUGUAACCACUGCUGGUAACCGUGGUGUAUUGCAGUCUCGCAUUCUGCUCGACUUAUAAGUAAACACUUACCUUGAUUAAUUAUAAUUCUGGAUAUCACCGACAAAAACCUCAUCCAAUAACUGUUUAUCACAUGACAAGAAAGAUUUUUCCAUGCAGGGAAGGUGACACAUUUACUUACAUAUAUUAUUUUGUUUUCGUCUAGGUUCGGCAAAAAGACCUGAGCACAUUGCAAAGGAUUAUGCCAAGUCUUGAGAAGACUAUCCUUCAAUCACAACGAGGAAAACGACCACGGAGAAAACGAAACUAAAGCUUUAAGUGAUAAGUAAUCAAUGAAAUCUGUGAUGCGUCUUUACAAACAAGCAGGCAUUGCCUUGACGAAAACAAACGCGCUUGACAAAUCCACUCCUUAUACUAUAGCCUUUUUUCCAUUUGUUGCAAGAGUGAACUCCCAAGCUCGCUACAAAUGCUUUCAUCCAAUCACAAGGCUCGACAGUUAUUUUAAUUAGAUGCAAGCACUCGCCGCGAGCUUGCGAGUUGUUUUUGCGAUGAGUGGAAAAGAGCCUAAACCAAGGACUCAAUGACAAUUGUUUUUGGAAUUAAGGGUUGAAAAUCCCUGCAUUUAACAACAGUAUACACGUAAUAUCUGCUCCUGAGCGAAAUAGUUUUGUUUUCCCGAGAGUUUCAAUGUUUUCCGAAAACUACAGACAUUAGUUAAGUGUUUAACCAGGGGUAUUUUAGGUUUGGGGACUUGAGUGGGAGCUCCCCCCAAAUAUCAGGUGUUUUUUUAUUUGGGAGGAACCCCUCCCCCCCCCCCGCCUCGUCCUAUAGUCAGAACCCUCAUACGUCAUUUCCUAUGCUCACCUAUUUCCAAGAGAGGGGAUAGAAAUUAUUCUGAUAUCACAAAAUUAUUAUUCUGGGUUAAUUCACCAACUGCUCCUCUAAGUGAUUACCCAUUUUUAUACUCCAGGUUAUAUGCCUUUUAGUGUACCGCUUACCAUGCAGUUUAAUAUUAAUAAUGAUAUUCAGUAGAUUCAUUCCCCCCUUUUUCGGGGAAAAUGCUCCCCUCAGAAUUUAGCUAUUUUCAGAUUGGGGGGGGGGGGGAAUUUGGGAUUUUGGGGGGAAUCCCCCCUCCCCCCGCAAAGUACCCAUGCAGUGUUUUGUUAUACUGUAUGAACAAUAUUUAUACAACAAUUGCAAUUGCAUAUUUCGUGACAAAAACUCAAUACAUAUGUAUGUAUUCUGUCGGAGCGGGCAACAAUUUUUUACAUGUUGCCCAGCAGGAUUCAUUGCAUUUAUGUAAAGCCACGUGACCACAAAUCAGCCAAGCACGUUUGGAGUUCACCCUAGCUAUAUAACAAUUAACAAUUUGCCGAAGGCGAGGUGAGGGGAAUAUUCACCGAGACGAAGUCAUUUGUGUUUUUUUGGGACU